AUUCCGUCCGCAGCAAACCACAGACAACAAGAACAACAAUCCAAUCCAAACUAAGCCAAGAUGAAGACGCUUCAGACCAUCCUCGUCCCCGUGCUGCUCUUCAACGCAGCGGCGGGUUUCCCCGUGGACAGGGGAGACAAGUACGCCUCGUGGGAUGACGUCAACGUGGUGGCCCACGGCCUGCUUCAGCUGGGCCAAGGUCUCAAGGAGCAUGUAGACAAGACCAAAGCCCAGAUGAGGGACAUCACCAGCCGUCUGAAAGCUUUCAACGCCACGAUGGUCGCGCUGGAGGGAACGCAGACUGAGCAAGACAAAGUGGUGAAGGCCGAACGGGAAGAGAAGGAAAAAAUGGGUGCUGAGGUUCAGGAGAUGAUGAAGCAGACCGAGGAAUUCCACUCCCGCAUGAACGCGCUCGAGGAGAAAGUGGAUGAAGCGCUUCAAGAGACGACAGAUGUCAACUUCGGAGGCGACAACUCAACAAUGUCGUUCAUCCAGAAAAUCAUGGCGGUGCAGAACAGACGUAUCGACCAAAUGGUGGACAAGAUCAGGCAGCAACAAGACAAGUUGGACAAGCAGAGUUUACACCUGCUGACACUGCAGAAAAAGGUUUCACACCGGGGAGUCCGAUUCCUCAGGCGUAGGCACGAGGAGACGACACUGACGGAAAAUACGGCGCCGACUGACGGCCAAAGAGGGAGGAAGCAUUCCGAAAGGAGUCUCGGGUCUUCCUUUCAACAAAGAUGACCGCGACAAUGAUCUGGAUGUCAACUGCGCCGAGCUUCACGGCAAAUAUCCCAGAAGGUCCGGCUGGCUCAAGUAUCAGCCAAGGAGGAUGUUUUGGAACAACACCAAGAGACAAAACAACUCUUUGAGGACAGCUCUUAUGAAGCUUGCACCCAUUCCAAUAAACCAGCAAUAACAUCUUGAGUGAAAGGCAGCAGAAGACCAAAGCAAGAUGAGAAGAACUUAAGACUGGAACAACUGGCUGACAAACUCAGCAAGCACAUUUAUCAUCUCUUUUUGCACUGAAUUAUCAGAUUUGUGUUUCUAUGCUAUCUGUCACAUUGACAAUUGUAAGUAUUCCCUUUAUAAGGGCUUUUUAAAACAAAUUAUUUUUUAGUAUAUUUUUUAACUUGUCUACAUCAAAUAUAUCUUUUGUAAGGAGUGAAAAUAAAUUUCAAAAAUAUU